AUGUGGACAGUUAGUCAGCCAAUGAUAGCCAUCUGGACAGUUAGUCAGCCAAUGAUAGCCAUCUGGACAGUUAGUCAGCCUCUGAUAGCCAUCUGGACAGUUGAUCAGCUUCUGAUAGCCAUCUGGACAGUUAGUCAGCCAAUGAUAGCCAUCUGGACAGUUAGUCAGCCAAUGAUAGCCAUCUGGACAGUUAGUCAGCCUCUGAUAGCCAUCUGGACAGUUGGUCAGCCUCUGAUAGCCAUUUGGACAGUUAGUCAGCCUCUGAUAGCCAUCUGGACAGUUAGUCAGCCUCUGAUAGCCAUCUGGACAGUUAGUCAGCCUCUGAUAGCCAUCUGGACAGUUAGUCAGCCUCUGAUAGCCAUCUGGACAGUUAGUCAGCCUCUGAUAGCCAUCUGGACAGUUAGUCAGCCUCUGAUAGCCAUCUGGACAGUUACUUCUGAUAGCCAUCUCGACAGAUAUCCUCUGAUAGCCACCUGGACAGUUAGUCAGCCUCUGAUAGCCAUCUGGACAGUUAGUCAGCCUCUGAUAGCCAUCUGGACAGUUAGUCAGCCUCUGAUAGCCAUCUGGACAGUUAGUCAGCCUCUGAUAGCCAUCUGGACAGUUAGUCAGCCUCUGAUAGCCAUCUGGACAGUUAGUCAGCCUCUGAUAGCCAUCUGGACAGUUAGUCAGCCUCUGAUAGCCAUCUGGACAGGUAGUCAGCCUCUGAUAGCCAUCUGGACAGUUAGUCAGCCUCUGAUAGCCAUCUGGACAGUUAGUCAGCCUGUGAUAGCCACCUGGACAGUUAGUCAGCCCCUGAUAGCCACCUGGACAGUUAGCCUCUGA